AUGUUGAAACAUUCGCUCCUGUAUUGUCUGUCUCUUUUCGCCACUACACAAGUGUGCAAUGCGCGGGCUGUCGAGAAAGAAAUCCGUGCGCCGGCGGCCCAGUCUUGGAGAGGAUUGGGCGGUCUCUUUUCAGGCCACCCCGGUGUUGUGUCUUGGUCGGCCAACCGGACGGAUGUCUUUGUCCGGGGAACCAACAACGCCGUUUACCACAAGUGGCAAAAUGGAGAUUCUGGCUCGCCAUGGGGCCCGAGCCAGACAGACUAUGAGAACCUCGGCGGUGUCAUCUACGGCGACGUUACUGCCGUCUCCUGGGGCCCCAAUCGCCUCGACCUCUUUGUCCUGGGCACCGACAACGCCGUGUACCACAAGUGGUGGGACGGCAGCUCCUGGGGCGGAUGGGAGUCCCUCGGCGGCACCAUCAUUGGCGAGAUCAGUGCAGUCUCCUGGGGCGCCAACAGACUGGACCUCUUCGUCCGCGGCACGAACAACGCAGUCUACCACAAGGCCUGGAACGGCGGCUCCUGGAGCUCUUGGGUGAGCCUCGGCGGCGUCAUCGUCGGCAACCCCCAAGCGGUAUCCUGGGGACCUAACCGUAUUGAUGUAUUCGUACGAGGCACCGAUAAUGGCGUCUACCAGAACGCCUGGAGCGGGUCAUCCUGGUCAGGCUGGUAUAACCACGGCGGCGUAAUUGUUGAUGAUGUCACGCCGGUGUCGUCCGCGUCAAACAGACUUGACCUCUUUGUUCGAGGCACGAAUAAUGCCCUCUACCAGAAGUCGUGGAGCGGUAGCGCGUGGACCGCGUGGAUUUCCCUCGGGGGGACCAUUGUGUCUCGGCCAUCCGCAGCGGCAUGGGAUGGCAGGUACGUGGCGGUAGUGGCUCAAGGUACUGACAAUGCGGUGUACCUCAAGGAGUACAACGGCAACUCGUGGGCUGACUGGCGAUCUCUUGGCGGUGUGGUGACGGAUGCGCCUGUGAUCAACCCGAGAGGUGGUUUUGGGGCCGCAGUCUUUGCAAGGGGAACAAACGCUGCAUUGUAUGCGUAUGAGUAG